AUGGUAUCAAAUGCAGCUCCAAACCAUAUAAAACGCUCUGGAAUUUCGAAAAUCGUCUCUAAUAGAUAUGUUGAUGAAGUAGAGGAUUCAUUCAUGCAAGAUAUAAUAGAGAUUGGGAUGUCUCAAUAUAAGUUCAUGUAUUAUCACCAGGCUAAACGAGGUGGAAAAGGAAAGUGGUCUGAUGCAAUAGGAGGUCUACCAUCUCCAAAACUGGCAAAAAAGUAUAUUUUAAUAUACUUUCAGAGUGAGCCAUCUGAAAAUUUCUUUAAUGGAAUUGGUAUUAGUUCUUACAUAAUUAUGUGCACUGAAAUCAUAAAUUUAUUACCUAGACUUCAUAAUGGUAUAGCAGGUGGGAUAUUAAUUGCUAUACAUUCUUUUCAGGAGGAUGAGAAUACAAUAAUUAGAGGAUUUUGUACUGAAGCAGCUUCUAAUUACUACUUUGAAAAGGAGGUAGACAGUAUGGUCACGGAAUCAGCAAAGCCAAACUCUUUAUUACCACCUUUAAAUAAAAGUAUAUUUGCAGAUUAUCAAAUAGGAGGUAAUUGGAAUGAUUUUGUAGAAAAUUGUCAAGAUUAUUUAGUUAUAUUACAAGAGCAAUUUUCUAAAUAUAAUCCCAAAAGUAGAUGGAGUUAUAUUGGUACACCGGAAGUUUCAGAUUUUUGUGAAGAAAUAGCAGAUGAUAUCUAUCCAAAUAUAAUGUUGAGUAAUAGAGAAUGGAGUCACAUUGUUAGAUUGCAGGAUAAUCUCAUUAAAAUUCGUGGUGAACUUGAUACACCCAUCAUUGGUAUUCCUCAAAAUCGUCCAGAGUAUUAUGUAGCAGGAAGAUAUAGAACAUCUAUGUAUAGGAAGUGCCUUAGAGCCUUGUGGGAUAUGUUCCAAUAUGAUGAUGAUAUAGACUUAAAAAUAGCUGGUAAGAAUCAAUAUGAAACACUCAGAAGUUUUUGUAAUACUGCAAAAAAUUUUUAUACUCGUAGUGGUCGUAUUUCUGCAGUUCCUACAUUAAAUAUUGAUACUUCUCCGAAAAAAUAUAAAAUUAAACAAAAUCAAAAAUUUCUUGUAGAAAAACUACUUAAGGAAGCUGAAGAUCGUGUGUUAGAAGAAAAAAAGGUAUCUGAAUCUAUUAGACGUAAUAUCUCAAAAUAUGAACACAGAUAUAGACCUAAAUAUGAUACAAAAAGAGCAAAUAGUACAUCACGAUAUAAGGAGAUCAUAGUGAGUCCCAAAUCUCCUGAGUCUGAAAUAAAGUAUUCUUUUGAGAAAGAGGAAUCCAGUGCGUUUGACUUUGGUAUAGAUAUUGCAACUAAAGAACUACAAGGAUUAGGUGAAAACUGA